CGUUUGUACUCCAUUGUCACCCAGACUCCACGCAACUUCCUCUCAUGAACAUCGCUCCAUGACAAUGAAAGAAAAUACUAUUCAGCAGGGCUUACAUACUGUAUCAAGGCUGUGUUUGUAAUACUCUGGCACCGCUUUGGCAAUCCAGCCCUAUAAAUACCAGCACAUCCCUGUUUCGCCGCCGACCACCCCACCGCUAGAUUUAAAUACAUAUCGCAAUACAUGAAUCAUGGCCGCCGCAGUCCCAGAUCAGCCUGCAGCGGUGCCUGGACCUGCAGCUCCGCCAGGUGUCAGUCCAGAGCAAUUGCGGACCCGCGCAAGAGACUACAUCGCACGGGAAAAGUUCAAUCGCCGGUUUACCCUCCCGGCAACAGACAGCCAUGACGAGCUCACCGUAACCUACGCUGUCGCCGGCAAGGAUCGCGACUCCGCGCCGACAAUACUAUUUAUCGGCGGCUUGUACGGCGGGAGGUUUUUGGCCACCAUGGCGGACUACAUCAGCGAGAAGCGGGGUUUGAGAUUUGUCGUCGCAGACCGCCCUGGCAUGGGCGGAUCAACACCCGUAGAGCCAUCACAGCGUCUUGCUGUCUGGCUCGAGACCGUGCCGGCGCUGAUGCGCGUCCUCGGCGCUCAGCACGUCGUGCUAGGCGCACACAGCUGCGGCGUCAUCUACGCGCUCAACACCGUGUACUCCAUGCCAUGGAUCUUGUCUCCGUCCGACCCCAGGCUCUACCUCUUUGCGCCGUGGGUGAGCCCCAACCACUCCGGUAUCAGUUAUCUGUCAAUCUCCUCGUAUAUGCCUUCCAAGGUCAUCGGGAGCUUCGACAGCGUCGUGCGCUUCGUCGCCUCUAAGAUCGUGCCUACCGUACAAUUCUCAAGCGGCAUUUCCACUGCCGUGUCCGCACCAUUCGCAGCCUCUAGCGGACAUAGUGGUGGCACGGAGGGGCAGAACACGAGGGUUUCAAAGCACUUGCGGGACGACUUGUGCCAUGAGUUCCGCGGCGUGUCUGCCGCCGAGGCCACGGCGCAGUCCGAGGUAGUUAUGAAAGCCCUGUUCAGCGAGGAUACAAGCGGUGCAAACCACGAGUCUCUCCUGUUGCUGAAGAAAAGCGUGGCUGGACCAUGGGGUGCGUGCGAAAGCUACGAAGACUACCCAGGAAAGUUAGAUGCGAAGUUGAGAGAGUAUUUCCACGGCCGGCAACACUCAGACGUUGGUGCCCCUGUCAUUCCUCAAGCCCCGCAGCGCCUUACCCUAAAGGUAUUCUGGGCUGAGACAGACCUGUUGAUUGGGAAGAAAGGGAGUGCUUAUUUUGAUGCAUGCUUCAAGAAGUUUAUCCUAGAAGAGCUUGGGAGUGGUGCUGACAACAGCGUCCUGUUAUACGAGAGUGAGACAAUUUCCAAGACCAGUCAUGAUACUGUCAUUUUUCCACAAUACGGCGCCCUGCCAGAAAUGAUAGAAGAUAUCCUCAGGGCAAAAUGACAGUCUGAUGAACCAACGAAUGCAAUGCAACGUAUAGAGUAUUAAACAACUUUAAGUUUAUCUUUGUAUUUAACUAGCUAGCAUC